GUAAAGGAAAACGAUAGAAAACAGCGUGAAAGAAAAACCCAACUCCACACAACAAUGACAACACAGUAACGGAAAAAACCAAAGUGAACGAACAUCAAGAGAGAGAAGAAACGAAAGUUACCACUUACCAUCGUCGUUGCCCGUGCUUCCUCUCUCUUUCUAAACCUCUCUUCAUCUUUUCGUACGGAAUCAGCGCAUUGAUUCUCUCUCUCUCUCUCUCUCUCUGAGUCUCACAUUGUGGUUUUGCAAUUACUUACUUCACUAUUGUUGUCAAUGGAUUUCGACUAGCAUUGUUCCCUUACUCAGAAAGCUCACUCUCCAACCAGAUCCAAAGCGUUCCAUUUUUUUUUCUUUAGUUUCUAUUGUGAUAAGCAAUGGCGCCAAAGAGAGGGAUUUCGUUCUCAAGGAGCAGAAGCAGCAGCGGCAAGUUGUCGUCAUCAUCUUCGUCAUCGUCAUCGCAUUUUCCUGUUUUGGCGUUCGUGAUUCUCUGUGUUAUGGCUCCGAUGAUUUUCUUCCUCGGAAGAGGCCUCUACGCUGCGGAUCAAGAUGAUUUUUCAGCAGUUCCAAGUAAUCAGGUUGUCACAUGGAGAGGAUGGCAAGCAUUGCAGAAUCUUAAAUCAUUUUUUCCAAAAGAGGUUCUUGAUGUUAUCGUAUCCAGCACAAAUGAUACAGGGCCUUUGAGUCUUGAUAAUUUCAGAAAAAAUAAUAUGUCUGCCUCUUGGAGAGUGGUGGAGUUGGAGACUUCAAAUGCCACAAAUGAGCCCAAAAUAGAGGACAGACAAGAGAAACCAAAGCUGAAGGAUGGAAAAUCUUCAGGUGAUGGUCGUACUCGGUGGAUUGAUAGUCCUACGCAACAAGCCAGAAGGCAAUUAAUAGGGAAAAGGCGGGAUAGGCGUGCUGCUGAGUUGGUAAAAUUGAACGAUGAAUUAAUCGCAAAACUUGAAAAUGCAGCUAUUGAACGCUCAAAAUCUGUUGAGUCAGCUGUUCUAGGAAAAUACAGCAUUUGGAGGAAAGAAGUUGAGUAUGAAAAUGCUGAUUCUACUGUUCGGUUGAUGCGGGACCAAAACAUUAUGGCUAGGGUAUAUUUAAGUAUUGCAAAGAUGAAGAACAAGCUUGAACUUUUCCAAGAACUGCAAACUCGGCUAAAAGAGAGUAAACGUGCUUUAGGCGAUGCUACUUCUGAUGCUGAUCUAAAUCGCAGUGCCCAUGAAAAGAUAAAGGCUAUGGGUCAAGUCCUGUCAAAAGCAAGAGAACAAUUGUAUGACUGCAAAUUGGUAUCUGGGAAACUAAGGGCAAUGCUACAAACUGCCGAUGAGCAUGUUCGGAGCUUUAAGAAACAGAGCACAUUUCUCAGUCAGUUGGCUGCAAAGACGAUACCUAACGGAAUCCAUUGCUUAUCUAUGCGUCUUACUAUAGAUUACUACCUUCUUCCACCGGAAAAGAGAAAGUUCUCUGGGAGUGAGAACUUGGAGGAUCCCAGUUUUUAUCAUUAUGCACUGUUUUCAGACAAUGUCUUGGCUGCAUCUGUUGUUGUCAACUCAACUAUUACGAAUGCUAAGGAUCCUUCAAAGCAUGUUUUUCAUCUUGUUACUGACAAACUAAAUUUUGGAGCCAUGAACAUGUGGUUUCUGUUGAACCCACCUGGAAAAGCUACAAUUCAUGUUGAAAAUGUCGAUGAAUUUAAGUGGUUGAACUCAUCCUACUGCCCAGUCCUGCGGCAGCUAGAAUCUGCAACAAUGAGAGAGUAUUAUUUUAAGGCAGGCCAUCCGAACACACUUUCUUCUGGUGCUUCAAAUCUGAAGUACAGAAACCCCAAAUAUCUGUCAAUGCUCAACCAUCUGAGAUUCUACCUUCCACAAGUUUAUCCAAAAUUGGAUAAGAUCCUUUUUCUCGAUGAUGACAUCGUUGUCCAGAAGGAUUUGACUGGUUUGUGGGCUGUGAAUCUCCAAGGUAAAGUAAAUGGUGCAGUCGAAACAUGUGGUGCGAGCUUUCACCGAUUUGACAAGUAUCUGAACUUUUCAAAUCCACAUAUUGCAAGAAAUUUUGAUCCGAAUGCUUGUGGCUGGGCAUAUGGAAUGAACAUAUUUGAUCUGAAGGAGUGGAAAAAGAAGGAUAUCACUGGCAUAUAUCACAAGUGGCAGAAUAUGAAUGAAGACAGGGUGCUGUGGAAGCUGGGUACAUUACCCCCGGGGCUAAUGACAUUCUAUGGUCUCACGCAUCCGCUAAAUAAAUCAUGGCACGUUCUUGGUUUGGGUUAUAAUCCAAGCGUAGAUCGAUCCGAGAUUGAUAGUGCAGCAGUUGUACAUUACAAUGGCAACAUGAAACCAUGGUUGGAGAUUGCCAUGACAAAGUAUAGGUCUUACUGGUCCAAAUAUGUGAAGUAUGAUCAUCCCUAUCUUCGGAACUGUAAGCUACAUGAGUAAUAAUGAUAAGUUACGGAGAACUAUUCUUUCUCCACUAUGGCUUUGGCCGUGUCAAAUACAGUGCCAUGCUAGAACGAUGAUCAAAUGUCUUAGAAGAGAUAAGGUCAGUCUUGUUCUAUAUAUUAGCCUCCCACGUCAUAUGUUCCCCACAUCAUUGUUAUUUUAGCUUUCAAUUCAUUUAAUUUGUUCACACCACUCUCACCCAUUUGAAAACAAGGUACAUAAGUAGUAUACCUUGUUUACUAUUAAAACAAAAAAAAAUUCCCCAUUGUACAAUAGUCUGAUGCUAAGAGAAAGUCUAGAAAUUGAAUAUCAUAUUCUGUAUUCUUUGGAAAGAUAACUUUCCUGUUCAGUUUUGAGGACUUGGUUGUUGUUUGCAUA